AUGCGUCGUCCUUAUCUAAACUUCAACUGGGAAGAUGAGUGCAGUCAAUCGCCACUGCUGUAUGUCUAUGAAGCGGGAGAUAAGGCUCUGCUCGGUGUUUUAAUCGAAAAAUGCAUAAGCGAUUUUGACGAAAUCCCUCGUUUUAGUCACGCGUUACUCCGAACUGCGGUAGAGAGAGGACACGGAGAUUUCAUCAAAUUAUUACUUCAAAAGGGUGCCAGAAUAGAUGCUCGUAAUUCUUGGGGAGAUACGGCACUAUGUUGUGCAGUGCAAGGAAAGCAUAAAGAUAUGGCUCAGCUGCUAAUCCAAGCAGGGGCAGAUAUCGAGGCCUGUGGUUGGCGUCGUGACAUGACACCGCUAUUGGAGGCAGUGGCAAGUGGCCAGAAGGACCUGGUCGAUUUGCUACUUGAGAAGGGAGCUAAUGUUGAGGCGAUGAAUAAGCUGGGCAGGACACCAUUAAUAUGUGCAAUAAGAGACGAUUAUGUGAACGUGGCUCUUCAGCUGCUUGAGAAGGGGUCUAAUAUUGAGGGCAAGGAUAAGGAGGGCCAGACGCCGCUCAUGUGGGCGAUAAGGAGAAGAAAUAUAGGCUCAGUGAGGCUGCUGCUUAGUCGAGGAGCUAAGAUUACGGCGGGAAAAGUUGCUAACAUCCGAUCAGGGUGGAUUGGAGUCGGCGUCUCUGAAGAGUUGAGUAAGAAAAUUAGGGCUAACAGCGAAUUAACGCUGUUGGAGUUUGCCCAGCAAUUCAAGGAGACGGAAAUCAUUGAAUUACUAUCUAGAAACGGAGCUAUCUAG